UCCCUCCCUGCCUGCCUGGUUCCUGCUACCUCCGGCGCUGCUUCUCGGGGCGAUGGGGGCGGCGGUGUUCUUCGGCUGCACCUUCAUCGCCUUCGGGCCGGCCUUGGCCCUGUGCCUGCUCACCGUGGCCGGGGACCCCCUGCGCGUCAUCAUCCUGGUGGCUGGGGCCUUUUUCUGGCUGGUCUCCCUCCUCUUGGCCUCAUUGAUCUGGUUUAUUUCGGUCCACCUGAGCGACCGGGAAGAUGGGCGUCUACAGUACGGCCUUCUGAUGUUCGGGGCGGCUGUCUCGGUCUUGCUCCAGGAAGCCUUUCGCUUUGCGUACUUCAAGCUCCUCAAGAAAGCUGACGAAGGGUUGGUGACCAUCAGCGAAGACGGCCGGUCUCCCAUCUCGAUCAAGCAGAUGGCAUAUGUGUCGGGUCUCUCCUUUGGAAUCAUCAGCGGGGUCUUCUCCGUCAUCAACAUCCUUGCGGACUCCAUUGGGCCAGGCACCGUGGGAAUCCAUGGGGAUUCGCCCCAUUACUUCAUCACUUCAGCCUUCCUCACGAUGGCGCUGGUUUUCCUACACACAUUCUGGGGCACGAUCUUCUUCGAUGCCUGCGAGAAGGGCCGCUACUGGACUCUGGCGUUGGUGGUCGCCAGUCACCUGGUCACGUCCGGCUUGACGUUUCUAAAUCCUUGCUACGAAGCCAGCCUCAUCCCUAUCUUCAUCAUCACCUUCUCCAUGGGGGUCUGGGCGUUCUUCACUGCUGGAGGUUCCUUGCGGAGCAUCGUCACCUGCCUGUCAUGCCGGCGAAAGGAAGCUGACCACGUGAUGGUCUACUCUGCGCUGCAGCUUCCUGUGGAGGACUGAGCCCACCCUUUUUUUGGCAUCCUGGAUCUGAGGAUGUUCUUGAGGACCACCCAAGUGCCCUUCUGUUGGCUGCAGCCUCGCCAAUCAAAUCCACGCCUUCUCUCUUCCCUCCCUCCUCUGUCUGGGAGGCACAAGUCCAGAGUUGACCCUCCUGGCCCAAGGGAUGAUUCCUUUGGCCCGAACUGGCAGCUCUGAUGGCAGGAUGAUAACUACUCC